CGGAGCCGAGAGAGAGUCAAUUAGCGUCACGGAGCCGCCGCGGCGCGAGGAGGCGGCGCUGAAAUCACAACCUUCCCGACCGCAGACCACCACCGACCAGUGCGACGAUCGCUGCCGUUUGGAUGCUAUUUAUCGGACCGGGGUCGAGCACCAGCAUGUCGUGAGAGGCGAGCCUAGCUGGGGAGGACUCGACACCAGGACCUGAACCGGAGCGUUAACGGGACCUGAAACGUUACCGGGGCAAGAUGGUGAAGAGGAAGAGCCUGGAGGACAGCGACCAGGACUGCGGGAAGGGGGUCCCGUUCCCCAUCCAGACCUUCCUCUGGAGGCAGACCAGCGCCUUCCUGCGUCCUAAGUUGGGGAAGCAGUAUGAGGCGUCCUGCGUGUCCUUUGAGCGUGUGCUGGUGGAGAACAAGCUGCAUGGCCUGUCUCCGGCGCUGUCCGAGGCCAUCCAGAGCAUCUCUCGCUGGGAUCUGGUCCAGGCGGCGCUGCCCCACGUCCUGCACUGCACCUCCAUCCUGUUGUCCAACCGCAACAAGCUGGGCCACCAGGACAAGCUGGGGGUGGCGGAGACCAAGCUGCUGCACACGCUGCACUGGAUGCUGCUGGAGGCGGCCCAGGAGUGCAACCCCGACCCCGGCCAGGGCCAGGGGUCCGGUCAAGGCCAGGGGUCCGGCCAGGGCUGGGCGGGGGGCAGCGGCAGCAGCAGCGGGUACCUCCAGCCCCAGGCCAACCAGGGCUCCUCCCCGGGCCCCGGCCCCGGGCCGGCCCUGGGGGGGUCGGGUCCCCAGCGCAGCGCCUCGUUCCAGGAGGAGGAGGAGAACCAGCGCUCCAAGAUGUUCCACAAGAGCAUGUCCACCGUGGAGCUGUUUGUCUUCCUGUUCGCCCCGCUCAUCCACCGCAUCAAGGAGUCCGACCUCACCUUCCGAUUGGCCAGCGGCCUGGUCAUCUGGCAGCCAAUGUGGGAGCACCGACAGCCAGAUGUUCCCGCCUUCUCCGCGCUCAUCAAACCUGUCCGAAACAUCGUCACAGCCAAGAGGAACUCCCCCGUCAACCACCAGUGUAGCCCCGCGGGAUCUGGCAACCCGUCCCCCCUGGGGUUCCAGGUGGUCUGCGAAGCCGUCCAAUCAGACUCCUCCUCGCCAGGGGGCGGGGAGCAGAGCUGUCGUCGUGGUAACUCAGUGGAAAAGGGAGGCAGGGCCUUUCAUCCCCCCGUAGAGGUCAGGGGGCCCGCCAAGAAGAAGACGUCGGCGCCCGGCGUGCUGGCGCCCUCGCUGUGCCAGCGGGCGCGCUACGCCUCCUACUUCGACGUGGCGGUGCUGCGCUGCCUGCUGCAGCCCCACUGGACGGAGGAGGGCGUGCACUGGGCCCUGAUGUACUACCUGCACCGCCUCCGCCACAUCCUGGAGGAGAGGCCCCACCGGCCCCCCGAGCCCCUGGCCACGCCCCUGCCCCGCCCCCGCAGCAGCUCCAUGGUGGCGGCCACGCCCUCGCUGGUCAACACGCACAAGACUCAGGACAUGAGUCUGAAGGCCAACGAGGACUCCCUGAGCGCCGAGACCUUCUCCAAGGUGUCCCUCACCAACCUGCGGAGGCAGGCCGUCCCCGACCUGUCCUCAGACCUGGGCCUCAACCUCUUCAAGAAGAAGUUUAAGAACCGGCGUGCGGAGGAGCGUGAGCGGAAGGGCUCCAUCCCGUCGCACCAGGCGGGCAGGAAGCGGCAGCGCCGCAUGGGCGUGCCCUCCCUGCUCCACGACGAGCACCUGGACGUCUCCCCCACCCGCAGCGCCUUCUCCUUCGGGAGCUUCUCCGGCCUGGGGGAGGACCGCCGCACGCUGGACCGGACGGGCUGGCAGGCCACCAUCAUGGGGAGGUUUGCGCGCCGCGGCAGCACGGACACGGCCGUCGACGCAGACAGUCUGAGCGCCAAACACUCCCACUCCCACCACUCUCUGCUCCGGGACCUCCCGGACCACCCCAACAGCCACGCAGAUGGCACCGUGCGCGAAGUACGCUCCCAGAUCUCCACCAUCACCAUGGCGGCCUUCAACACCACGGUGGCCUCCUUCAACGUGGGCUACGCCGACUUCUUCACGGAGCACAUGAAGAAGCUGUGCACGCCGGCCGCCGCCGCGCACGACGCCCUCCCCUCGGAGCCGCUGGCCUGCUCCAACCUGCCGCGCAGCCUCACCGACUCCUGCAUCAACUACUCCUGCCUGGAGGACGGCGAGAGCAUCGAGGGCACCAACCACUUCAUCCUGAAGAACGGCAUGCUGGACCUCACCGCGGUUCUGCGGGCGCUCUACGCGGUCCUGAGCCACGACAUCAGCUCAAGGAUCUGUGACGUGGCGCUCAGCAUCAUCGACAGCCUGCUGCAGCUGGGCGUGGUCCCGGCCGCCGCCGCCACCGCCGCCGCCGGGCCCGGCAAGACCGGCAAGACCGGCAAGCAGGAGGACAAGGAGAACCUGGACGGACCCGGGACCCAGGGGACAGGGGCCGGAACAGGGGGGGGCGGUGGGGGAGGAGGAGGAGGGGGAGGAGGGGGAGGAGGGGGAGGGGAUGGAGGUGGGGGGAGCGGGGGAGGGAGUGGCCAGGGAAGCAAGGACGACCUGAAGAACAACAAGGACGACAGCGGCAAGGGGGAGGGCUCCCCCCUGAGCACCCAUCGCCUGGCCCUCAGCAUGCUCAUCAAGAUCGUCAAGUCCCUGGGCUGCGCCUUCGGCUGUGGGGAGGGGCACCGCGGGCUGUCGGGAGACCGCCUCCGCAUGCAGGCCCAGAACUGCCUGACCAGCCUCUACAAGCUGAACAAGCUCCAGUUCCGUCAGACCAUGCGGGACUACGUCAACAAGGACUCGCUGAACAACAUCGUGGACUUCCUGCACGCCUUCCUGGGCUUCUGCAUGGAGCCCGUUACCGACAAGUACGGCAGUGCAGGGGAAAGAUCGCGGAGGGCCAAAAAAAGAAACAUAGACAAGGCGGGCUUCGGGAACAACUUCACGACGGGGGAUUGCAAGUCGCUGGCCCAGAGCAUGGAGGCGGUGGUGGUGGGCUGCAUGUUCAAGUCCCUGAUCACACGCUGUGCCUCCACCACCCACGAGCUGCACAGCUCCGAGAACCUGGGUCUGUACUGUGACAUCCGUCAGCUGGUCCAGUUCAUUAAGGAGUCCCACGGGAACGUGUUCCGGCGGGUCGCUCUGAGCGCGCUCCUGGACAGCGCAGAGAAGGUGGCCGCCGGCAAGAAGCCCGACGACCGGGAGGACGCCAAGACGGCCGCGCCCCGCAGGUCGGAGGCGGGGGAGAGGGGUCCUCUGUCGGGGGCUGCUGACGAGUGCCACAGCUACAUCUCCAGCCGACCCCCCCAGACCCCCGAACAUGAAGAGCAGCUCCCCGGAGCCCUCCUGGGCAGGAAGGACUUCUGGAGGAAGAUGUUUAAGUCCCAGAGCGCGGCCAGCGACACCAGCAGCCAAUCAGAACAGGACACGUCCGAGUGCACCACCGCCCACUCCGGGACCACCACGGACCGCCGCACACGCUCCCGCUCCCGACGCAUCUCCCUCCGCAAGAAACUCAAGCUGCCCAUCGGUAACUGGCUGAAGCGAUCGUCCCUCUCGGGACUGACGGACGGUGUGGAGGACCUGCUGGACAUCAGCUCCGUGGACAGACUCUCUUUCAUACGCCAGAGUUCAAAGGUGAAGUUCACCAGUGCGGUCAAGCUGUCGGAGGGCGUGGCCGGUGCGGACGAGGAGGAGAACUUCUUCAAGCGUCUCGGUAAAUGGAGGUCGGGCAGGAGGAACCCCUCCAAACUUCACCACACUGAGGAGAAAGACGGUCACCAUGGUUUCCAGGAGCGUCUGGCCGCCAGUCAUGAGUCCAUGAAGAACCAGAACGUGGUGAACCUGGGCGCCAUCCGCCAGGGCAUGAAGAGGUUCCAGUUCCUGCUCAACUGCUGUGAGCCCGGAACCAUCCCCGACGCCUCCAUCCUGGCCGCCGCCCUCGACCUGGAAGCGCCGGUGGUGGCCCGCGCCUCCCUCUUCCUGGAGUGCGCGCGCUUCGUCCACCGCUGUAACCGUGGCAACUGGCCGGAGUGGAUGAAGGGGCACCACGUGAACAUCACCAAGCGGGGGCUGUCCCGCGGACGCUCCCCCGUGGCGGGGAACAAGAGGAACCAGAAGCUGCAGUGGAACGCCGCCAAGCACUUCUGCCAGUGGGGCGACGCCAUCGGCACCCGUCUGAGCGAGCUGUGUCACGGGGAGAGCGAGAGCCCGGCCAACAUCCUGGGCUACGUCUACGACGAAGAGUCCAAGAGACGCAUGAGGAAGGAGGAUGAGGAGGAGGACUUCCUGGACGACAACACGGUCAACCCCACUAAGUGCGGCUGUCCGUUCGCCCUGAAGAUGGCGGCAUGCCAGCUGCUGCUGGAGAUCACCACCUUCCUGCGGGAGACCUUCCCCUGCCUGCCGCGGCCGCGCGCAGAGCCCCUGGUGGACCUGGACAGCUGCCGGCUGCGGCUGGACCCCGAGCUGGGUCGCCAGCGCUACGAGAGGAAGAUCAGCUUCGCGGGGAUCCUGGACGACGAGGACGGCCGCGACUCCCUGAACAGCAGCAGCCACACGCUGCGGUCCGACACCACCGGGGACGAGAAGAGGUCCCAGGAGUCCCAGGCCCCCGUCAGGAGGAUUCGUAUCGGGGGCACCCGUCUGCUCCAGAUUAAGGGUGCUCGUAGCUUCCGGGUGAAGAAGGGCGGCUCUCUGUCGUCCAUCCGCCGGGCGGGGAGCCUGAAGAGCGCCAAGCCGGCCCGGCAGGACUCUGAGUCUGAGAACGAGGAAGGCCUGCUGUCCCAGACGCACAGCCGGGACACCGUCACCGACAUAGGCAGUCCCUUCAGCACCAGCGAGCCCAGCAUCGAGCCGGAGGGGCCGGGGUCCGGGGGGGCCGAAGACAACUACCAUCGCAACAUGUCCUGGCUCCACAUCAUGAUCCUGCUGUGUAACCAGCAGAGCUUCAUCUGUCCCCACGUGGACUUCUGCCCGCCCCGCUGCUACCAGCACCACAGCCGCUCCUGCGCCCGCCUGGUCCGCGCCGUCAAGCUGCUCUACGGCGACACAGUGGACGGCCUGCGCGAGGAGGGCAACGCCGCCGCCGGCCAGCAGGGGGCGCGCGCCAAGAAGAGCAAGGAGUGUUCUGACAAGUCGUGUCUCCGCACCCCCUCCAUGAAGAGGAGACCCACCGAGCUGGGGGCCGAGGGCAAGAAGGACACCGGCAUGCUGAAGUACAUCCGCAACCAGGUGCUGAGCCUGUCGCCGGCCCCCCUGUCCCUGCUGAUCAAGGCGGCCCCCAUCCUGACGGACGACAUGUACGGAGACAUCCAGCCCGCUGCCUGGGAGCUAAUGCUCAGCGUGGACGAGCACAUGGCCGCCGCCGCAGCGGCCAUGUUCCUGCUGUGUGCGGUGAAGGUCCCCGACGUGGUCACGGAGAUGAUGAUGGCCGAGUUCCACCACCAGGAGGCGUGCCAGCGCAUCAACUCCGUCCUCAAGUUCUACACGCUGUGGCGCUUCCGCUACCAGGUGUGGCCGCGCAUGGAGGAGGGCGCCCAGCAGAUAUUCAAGAUCCCACCUCCCAGUAUAAACUUCACCCUGCCCUCCCCCAUCCUGGGCAUGCCCUGUGUGCCCAUGUUCGACCCCCCCUGGGUGCCCCAGAACAGCGGCAGCGUCCAGGACCCGAUCAACGAAGACCAGUCUAAGUCGUUCUCGGCGCGGGCGGUGUCGCGCUCCCACCAGCGGGCGGAGCACAUCCUGAAGAACCUGCAGCAGGAGGAGGAGCGGCGGCGGCUGGGCCGCGAGGCCAGCAUCAUCUCGGCCAUCCCCGUGGUGCAGGAGGCCUGCUACGAGCCCACCUGCAGCCCCCCGCCCGAGCAGGAGGAGGAAGAGGACGGGGGGAACCUGGCGUCACGCCGUCUGUCCGUCAGCCCGUCCUGCGCCUCCAGCACCUCCCACCGCAACUACUCCUUCAGACGGGGGUCCGUGUGGUCGGUGCGCUCCGUGGUCAGCGCCGAAGACGAGGAGAACCUGACGGAGCACACCCCCACCCACCACACGCUGCAGCCGCCGCAGGCCGUGUUCCCAGCAUGCAUCUGUGCCGCCGUGUUACCCAUAGUGCACCUGAUGGAGGACGGCGAGGUGCGGGAGGACGGGGUGGCAGUGAGUGCGGUGGCUCAGCAGAUCUUGUGGAACUGUCUGAUAGAAGACCCCGCCCUCGUCCUCAGACACUUCCUGGAGAAACUGACCGUCAGCAACAGACAGGACGAGCUGAUGUACAUGCUCAGGAAGCUCCUCCUGAACAUCGGAGACCUCCCAGCGCAGACCUCCCACAUCCUCUUCAACUACCUGGUGGGCCUCAUCAUGUACUUUGUGCGCACGCCGUGCGAGUGGGGCAUGGACGCCAUCUCGGCCACGCUGACCUUCCUGUGGGAGGUGGUGGGCUACGUGGAGGGGCUCUUCUUCAAGGACCUGAAGCAGACCAUGAAGAAGGAGCAGUGUGAGGUCAAGCUGCUGGUCACCGCCUCCAUGCCAGGCACCAAGACUCUGGUGGUGCACGGCCAGAACGAGUGUGACAUCCCCACACAGCUGCCCGUUCACGAGGACACCCAGUUCGAAGCCUUGCUCAAGGAAUGUCUGGAGUUCUUCAACAUUCCCGAGGCGCGGUCGGCUCACUACUUCCUCAUGGACAAACGCUGGAACCUCAUCCACUACUCCAAGACCUAUGUGAGGGACAUCUAUCCGUUCAGGAGGUCUGUGUCCCCCCAGCUCAACCUGGUCCACAUGGUCCCGGACAAAGGCCAGGAGCUGAUCCAGAAGCAGGUGUUCUCCCGUAAGCUGGAGGAGGUGGGCCGGGUGCUGUUCCUCAUCUCCCUGACCCAGAACAUGCCUCCGGUCCACAAGCAGUCCCACGUGUCGCUGCUCCAGGAGGACCUGCUCCGCCUGCCCUCCUUCCCCCGCACCGCCAUCGACGCAGAGUUCUCCCUCUUCAACGAGCCGCAGGGCAAGGAGCUGUUUGGGCUGGACACGCUCCACAAGGUGCUGUGGAUCAAGCUGCUGGAGGAGAUGUUCCUGGGCAUGCCCAGUGAGUACCCCUGGGGCGACGAGAUGAUGCUCUUCCUCAACGUGUUCAACGGCGCGCUGCUGCUGCACCCCGAGGACAGCGCCCUCCUCAGGCAGUACACCGCCACUGCAAUCAACACCGCCGUGCACUUCAACCACCUCUUCUCCCUGAGCGGCUACCAGUGGAUACUGCCCACCAUGCUGCAGGUGUAUGCCGACUACGAAAGCAACCCUCUUCUACGUCAGGGGAUGGAGUUCUGCUGCCGGCAGUUCUACGUCCUCCACCGCAAACCCUUCGUCCUGCAGCUGUUCGCUAGCGUAGCGCCGCUGCUCGAGUUCAGCUCCAGCACCACCACCGGGCUGAACAAGGGGGUGUCGGCCCAGUGCCUGUUCCACCUGCUGCUGAGCCUCGAGAGGGAGGGGCCCGACACCCUGGACGCCCUGCAGCUGGUCAGGGCCGACAAGCCCCUCCACUCUCUAGACUUCUGCUACGGCAGCGAGGACCUGUGCUUCUCCCUCACCGACGCCAUCAAGCUCUGUGUCACCGUGGUCGCCUACGCCCCCGAGUCCUUCAGGAGCCUCCAGAUGCUGAUGGUGCUGGAGGCGCUGGUGCCGUGCUUCCUGCAGAAGCUGAAGAGCAACACGGUCACCAUGGAGACCGCCUCCGCCGCCAGGGACGAGAUCGCCGCCAUCGCCGCCCUGGCAACGUCCCUGCAGGCCCUGCUGUACAGCUCAGAGGCCCUCACCAGGCCCAUGACGGCCCCCCAGCUGUCCCGCUGUGACCAGGCCCACAAAGGGGCCACCACCACCAACCACGCCAUGGCAGGAGGGGCCAACACCAGGGACAACCUGCACCUCCUGGAGGAGGGCCAGGGCCUCCCCAGGGAGGAGCUGGACGAGCGCCAUGCGCGGGAGGAGUUCAGGCGGCCGCGCGAGGCGCUGCUCAACGUCUGCACCGAGUUCUACAAGCACUGCGGCCCCCGCCUCAAGAUCCUGCAGAACGUGGCCGGGGAGCCGCGCGUCACCGCCCUGGAGCUGCUCGACAUCAAGUCCCACAUGAGGCUGGCGGAGAUCGCCCACGCCCUCCUGAAGCUGGCGCCCUACGACACGCUGACCAUGGAGAGCCGCGGGCUGCGGCGCUACGUCACCGAGAUGCUGCCCAUCACCGACUGGUCGGCGGAGGCCGUGCGGCCCGCCCUCGUCCUCAUCCUCAAGCGCCUGGACCGCAUGUUCAACAAGAUCCACAAGAUGCCCACGCUCAGGUGCGCUCGCCCCCAAGCCCUCUGCUCCAGGAGACAGGUAGAGUGGGAGGCGGCUAGCAGUCUGAUUGAGGGAAUCUGUCUGACGCUGCAACGACAGCCAAUCAUCUCCUUCCUCCCCCACCUCCGGUCACUGAUCAACGUCUGUGUUAACCUGGUGAUGGGGGUGGUGGGUCCCUCCAGUGUAGCAGACGGUCUUCCUCUGCUCCACCUCAGCCCCUACCUCUCCCCCCCGCUGCCCUUCAGCACCGCCGUGGUGCGCCUGGUCGCCCUGCAGAUACAGGCCCUGAAGGAGGACUUCCCCCUGGGUCAUGUGAUCUCCCCGUUCACCAAUCAGGAGCGUCGGGAGGGCAUGCUGCUCAACCUGCUCAUCCCAUUCGUCCUGACCGUGGGCUCCGGGAGCAAAGACAGCCCCCACCUGGAGGGCCCCGAGGUGUUCCUGCUGCUGCAGACGGUGCUCAACAUCCUGCUGCCCCCCCGCGUGGUCUCCACCUCCCGCACCAAGAGCUUCAUGCUGGACGCCUCCCCCGCCCACUGCUCCACCCCCGGGGACAAGGACCUCCGGAGGGAGGGCCUGGCCGAGAGCACCAGCCAGGCCGCCUACCUGGCCCUGAAGGUGGUGGUGGUGUGCUUCGAGCGGGCCCUGGGGGGCCACUGGUACCGUCUCAGCCUGCAGGUGAAGGAGAUGGCCCUGAGGAAGGUGGGGGGGCUGGCCUUCUGGGACUUCAUCGACUUCAUCGUCCGCACGCGCAUCCCCAUCUUCGUGCUGCUCAGGCCCUUCAUCCAGUGCAAGCUCCUGGCCCAGCCCGCCGACUCCCAGGAGGAGAUCACGGCGCGCCACCACAUCGCCGACCAGCUGGAGCGCCGCUUCAUCCCGCGGCCGCUCUGCAAGAGCUCGCUGUUCGCCGAGUUCAACAACGAGCUGAAGAUCCUCAAGGAGGCCGUGCACAGCGGCUCAGCCUACCAGGGCAAGACGUCCAUCAGCACGGUGGGCACGUCCACCUCGGCCUACCGCCUCAGCCUGGCCACCAUGUCGCGCUCCAACACCGGCACGGGGACGGUGUGGGAGCAAGGCAGCCAGCCCUCACGCCAGCCCUCCCAGGACACGCUCAGCCGCACGGACGAGGACGACGAAGAGAAUGACUCCAUCAGUAUUCCCAGUGUGGUCAGUGACCACGAGGUGUUCCUCCCGCGUGUGACGUCGCAGCGCCGCUUCUCCAGCCACGCCACAGGCUCCGCCCCCUCGCCGGCCGAGCCCCCGCGCACCGCCACCCUGCUGCCCAGCCACAGUGAACCCAAUGUGCUCGACGAAUCCCAGGCUCUACUGCAGGAGAGUAACCUCACUAGGGUGGCCAGUGUUCAGAGUGAGCCCGGCCAGCAGAACCUGCUGAUCCAGCCUCCGUUGGGAAGGAAGAGAGGACUGAGACAGCUCCGGCGCCCUCUGCUGUCCAUCCCUAAGAACGAGCCCAGGGGUCGGUCGGGGGCUCGACUGUCCACCACCCGGAGGAGCGCCCAGCCCAAGGCCAGCACCCUGGAGACUUUAUUGGACUGUGAAGCCAACAGCGACCAGAAGAGGUCGGUGACCUUCACGGAGGCCGAGGUCGCCACCGGGGACACAGACCCCCCGCCCGCCACCCCGGGCCACGCCCCCAGCCCCGCCCCCAGCUCCAGGUCCCCCACCCUGGAGGUCCCCUCCCCCUCCGCCACCGUCACCGCCGACCUCCACGUCCCCGCCAUCGUACAGGUUCCCCCCUCCGCCAGCAGCAAAGAGAAGAGAGACCAGUGGGGCCUCCGGUGCAGUCUCUCCCCCCCUCCUCACCCCUCCUCCAUCUCCCGGCCCUCCCCCCCCCCCCCCCCCUCCCGCUCGCCCCUCCCUCUCUCCCGCACCUGCUCCCCGCUGCCCCCGCCCCCCCUCCCUGUGCUGGGGACGGCCCCCGCCCCGGGGCCGCCGCCCCCUCCUCCCCUCCCUCCCCCCCCGCUGCUGCGGGAGAGCCCGGGGGACGAGGACACGCGGGCGCUGCUGCGGGGUAGCCAUGACGACGAGGACGACGGCACCGAGAACCCCCUGCUGACGCCGCUGCUGGCCCCGCCCACCUCCGCCCGCCGGUCGCCACGGCGAUGCCCCCUGCCGCUGUCCCCCGUCGACCUGGACCUGGACGAGUCCCAUGUCUGACUCCCCCCCCC